AAUCGAUUAGGUUGUGUACAAAAUAGACCAAAACUAAACAAGAAGAAGUUCUCUUGUGGAAAAUACGAAACGCGCCACAAAAAUGGAACAGCUUUCGGGUGUUAUGAUAAUCAUUAUCAUAGGUGGUGGCGUGCUGACUUUUGUGAUGCUCUUCAUAUUCGCAAAGCGCCAGAUAAUGCGGUUCACGCUUCGUAGUCGUCGCGGUCCCCAUGUGCCAGUUGGCAAUGAUGCCAAGAAGGCGCUGCGCCGUGAAAUUGAGCGCAGGUUGGACUGCAUACAAAAGAUAGCACAGGAGCCAAAAUUGCUAUGGACAGAUACCGACAAGUAUAUAUUGCAGCCAGGUCCGGAGCAGGAACUACCGCCCUAUUAUUAUCGAAUGAAGGCCGUGGACGAUGUUAAAUUGGUAGAGGCGGAGAUAGCGCGUGCUGAUGGCAGCAUGCGGCACGCCCAUGAAAGCUUGCGAGCCUUUCUCUUAACAACGCUCUCCGUUACGCUCAAUGGUACUGGGCAGCGCAUAAUACAUCAGUUCUGCGACACAUACGAGCACGCACGACAUGAUCCAAACGAAUUUGGUAAGGACGAAUACGAGGCCUAUCAUCAUAUGCUCCUCAAAGUACUGGAAGCUGCGAAGCAGCUUAAAAACUACAAUUCUAGAAAGGCUUCACCUGCACGUACACCACGUAAACAGAAAAUGCAUUCGUUGCUCGAUCCAGCUCGACUGCGUCCGCCACCCGUAGUAGAACAACCACAGAACAACGAGCUAGCAGCGGGUCAACAUGCCAAAGUGAACAUGACGCUGGGACUGCAGGGCGAUGAACUGGUGGCUGCUGAGCUGGCCACCAAUCCUUUGCACUUGCAAGCACCUGCCGAGCGAGAUCUUAUAAUAAGGAACCGUAUAAAGACACCUACACUAGAUGAUAUUGUGGUCGAGACGGUGGUGGAGCAGACUCAUGACGAUGCGAAUAUCAGCACUGCGGAGCAUGAAAUAAUGAGCAUCUCAUCGGUGCAGCUGCAGCGUAACUCGAGCGUUGUUUAA